CACACACACACACACACACGCGUUUAUAUAUGUAUACACAAAUACACACACAUGCACUUACACACACAUACAAUACCAAUCUUGAGGAAUUAGGUUUCUCAAAAUCAAAAAGAAGAAACAACCUGAUUCGAAGGCUACAGAUCUAACCCAUCACUGGAACUGCGAUUUCCGGAAAUCGACGUACUGCGACGCUACAUUCUCUACCAAACAUCAUGGCCGCCAUUUAAAUGUCAACAUGAUCUGAAACUAUCAAACUGUCCCUCAGAUGUAAAUGUAUAUCGUCAAUAUGAUACAUGGAGGAAAAAAUACUUAGCGCAGAACUACAGUUCAAAUGAGGAAAGAGUGAAAACAGUAUCGAGUAGAACUGGAAGUCAGAAAGGUACCAGUAACAGAUCAAGCAACACUACAGCCUCAUCAAGACGGAUUUAUGAAAGCGAAGAUGAGAAAAACUACAUGACAGAACCAGGCAAAUGGACCCCAAGUCGUUUCCUUUAUAGUGCAAAAUAUGGAAACCUUUACCAACUCAACAAGAACACACGCACUGGCAAAGGAACCUCCCGAAAGAAGUCCGUUUGGCUUUGGGAAGCCGAAUAUUCAGAAUGGUUACAGAAAAACAUCACUAAAGGUGACAAGAAAACCAAUUCUAAACAGUUAAGAACGACUACAUCUCCGCGCAAACGAACUUCGAAGAAGAAAAAACCAGAGUUAUACUGUCCACAUGCGGACACUUAUGCAACUUACUUUGAACAAAGUCUGACCAAGCAGAGACGAAAGCAAGCUGUUACAAUUAUGCAGAAAUUUGUAAGAGGAUGGUAUGUAAGAGCCAGCAUAAAAAGACUAAUUAGAAAGAGUAAUGUUAAACUGAAUCAAUCAUGGCCACACGUCAUGCAAGAAUAUAAAGAUUUACUAAGAAGAGUUAAGGGACGUUACGACCAGCCUGAAAGCAGCUACAACAUCUCCCUCAAAGAUAUCGAAGAUUACGUUGAUAAAAAGCAAAUUUACCAUGCUGCAUUCGAUGAAGUGUCUUGUGGAGAAGACAAACUUACUUUUGACCAAAUGAAGGCAUUUUUCUGGAAGUGUCAACUGUAUCCUACACCAGGAGAAAUUAGGAGAGCGCUGAAAAAAGUCAAUCAAAGUAAGUCAAGAUAUUAUUAA